GGUGAGGUCACGCUCGGGCAUACUGAACUAAAAGGGAGGGAAGCCUCUUAAGACCGGACCUUGGCAAAGCAGAGCCGAGGCAGAGCAGAUGAGGCUGGUGAGGUGUUGCGCUUUGUGGCGGCCGGAAGACCAAACCUGGUGGGCCUAAUUAUGAGGAUGAACUGAACUCGAGACUCGUCGUUCCAGUCUCACUCACAGCAACUACUAAGAUCCGGAACCGCGAUAGGGGAGACAUUGGACCCGAUGCCGUCCCCUUUCGUGCUGGCUGCAACUGGAGGCUUCUGUCUGAGUGAGAAAGUCGCAUCGAGCAUCCUCGUUCGGCAUUGAAUCUUAUCAAUGCCGGACAGCUUAGCACUCCAAAACAUCACCAGGUUGAGGGAUGGCCGGGUUGUAGUUCCAUCUCCAUCUCCCGAGCUGGAGGUAGCUUGUCAGAAUUGCGUGAACGUGCAACCACAGAUAGCUCAGUGUCCGAGAUGAAGUGGUAGUGGGAGUAAGAAUAGAGCUCACUGACAACAAAGCUUCAGCUGGUAGCGAAGGCAGCAUAGGGUGGAGCUCGAACCUCCAAUCCAAUUUCUGAAAGCAAUCGACAGGUGGCGUGCCAUGCCCCAAGAUGUUGGGGUAGCUCGCCUGCGCAGCCAAUGCCUGCCCUGUCUGCCAUAGCUUCAACCCCUAGACCUCGACGUUCUGUCCGGCUGAGUCUGAAUUCGACUCCUCCAAACGCUUUGUCCAAACGCGAGAGGCCGCAAGCAAAGCGGGCGGAGCUUGCAUUCCCACCCCAUCGCUGCCACGAGUCCCGGGGCUCGUACAAAUCGGAGUCCCGAGCGUGGCGACGCCAGUCUAGCGCAAGUCGGGCUCGCCGCUGCCAAGCGUCCUCUCGUCUGGGCCGACAGUGGUCUCGCGCGGACGUGGAAAGCCUACCAGGGCCUGCAGUCGAUAGGUCGCCGUGUGGCUCCACCUCCACGAUCCAUUGGGUGCGAACUCGACAUGCGAUGGCCAGCUCCGUGAUCAGCCUCUCCUUUGCCUGCGAUGCGACGCAGAGUCGCUGCCUGCGGGAGGAAUGAGUGAAUGAUUGAACGAACGAACGAAUGAAUGAAUGUCGACGUGAGGGGAUCGCAGCACUCUCACGGUUUCGCGAGUCGCAUAUCCUCGAUCCUUGAUCCUUGCGUCCGUGCAGCGAGACGAAGGCAUGACGUUGACCUUGAAUCAGGCGUGGGGAACAAAAGCGACACUCACUGUGCCCCGGAGUUUUUUAUUGUCGUGUAAUUUUCUAUCGACCGUCCAAUUCUCCACGUGAAAAAGUAAACCGAGGCGGCGAUUAGGCUGGCUUGGUCCCCCGCAUCGACGAGGCCACACGGACUGAAGAAGCCGCCAACUGCUACCUCACAGAUGCUGAAGACUAAUGGAAAUUAUGCAUCUGCGCAAUGCAGUCAGUAAUGGGGAUCGUCAAACCUCUGCACGGGUUGCAGCCUGCCCGCCACCAGCCUGCCUGCCCGAGUCGUCUCGGAAGACAGCGCUGGAGAGGAUGAAAGGCUGAGGCAGUGGGUCAGAGCUCAGAGCUCCGAGGUUCAGAGGUUUGAGUAGCGUGCACUCAAAUGUUGCAAGAGAGGACAAGAGAGGAUUGAAACUGGUCAGAGCUGGGAGCGGCAAGAGAGUGGCAAGAAGAGAGUGAGAGAGCUGACUGCCAACUUUCAGUCAGUCUGUUGGGUUCGAUUGUUUAUUUGAGCUUGCUGGUGAGCUGUUGGAUGGGCUGCGUCGAGAUGAUCUCGCACCAGCUCAAGAUAUUCGACACAUCUUCCGACCCGUAUUUCGAAAAGAGUCGGUCAUGUCGUGAGAUCGCAUCAUCCUGCGAGAGGUGCUGCUGCACGGCGGUGCGCAGUUCCACUGGCCCUUCUUUCUCUCCGUCUCGGCUUUCUCGCUCGCUGCCCUGCACAAACGCGCUUCUACGAAAUGGUAUUCGACUUCCGGCUCAUCGAAAUUUCGGCGAGUGCCAGCCCCUUUCGUCCUGUUCCUCGGUGCGCAGCUCGUCGAAUCAUGGACAGGGCGGAAGAAAAUCUCUCACCGGCGGAAAGAACCGGGACCACAUUGUCAUGUAUGCCGGAUUCGGAGAGUUUUUGAAGCAGGCUUCGUUCGUGCAUUGGUUCCGCGAGGCCUGGCCUUACAUUCAAGGUCACCGGUCUAGUGUCUUCGUCAUUGUUCUUCCGGGCGAUGUCAUCGCAGAUGGCGCUAAGCUCGACGGCGUCCUUCAGGACGUAUUGCUGCUGCAUGGUCUAGGGGUCAAAAUAGUGGUCAUUCCUGGAACUCAACCUCAAAUCGACGAGCUUCUGAUCGAGCGAGGGCAUGAACCAGAGUAUGAAGGAGCGUACCGAAUCACGGGUAAGGAAGCGUUGGCAGCCGCCAUGGAGGCAGCAGGCAGGAUUCGAGUUACUUUGGAGGCCAAACUCUCCAGAGGCACUUCCUCUCCCGAUCUUCGGAGGUCUGCAGAAAACGAUCGUUGGAGUGAGGUUGCCGUAGCCAGUGGGAACUAUUUGGCCGCAAAGAGGAGGGGAGUGGUGAAUGGAGUGGAUUUCGGCGCAACAGGGGAGGUCAAACGAAUCGACACUAAGCGGAUAAGAGAGGAUCUAGACGAACACUCCAUCGUUCUGCUUAGUAACCUGGGCUACUCAUCCACCGGGGAGGUCUUGAACUGCAAUACAUACGAGGUGGCAACUGCUUGUGCCAUAGCUCUACAAGCGGAUAAAUUGUUAUGCUUACUUGAUGGACCUGUACUUGACGAGAAUGGUCGGCCCUUCCGUUUCAUGACACUUCGAGAGGCCGAUAAACUCAUUCGUGAGCGUGCAAGCCAGAGUAUUGCUGCUGCUGACUAUGUCAAAGCUGUUGCCGGCCCGGCGUAUGUUAGAAGCCUUGGCCUAUCUGUCAGCCAUGGCAAUGGAAGCACCUCGAAUGGAGCUGUGAAUGGAGCCAGAAACGGAUCCUAUGGUUCGAAUGGACGGGUUAUGAAUAUAGCAAGCAACGGUUCUUGUGGGUCAAAAGGGCAGUCGAGGAACACAAAUGGGCAUGCUAGACAUGAAAUCGAUGGAUAUGCGAAAAGUACCAGCACCAUGGCACCUGCAACAGUUCCGCAGGAAAAAUCUGGCAAAGGAUUUGCAAUCGGAGGGCUGGAAAGGUUCAGUAGAACAAAUGGCUACUUAUCGGAAUUGACGGCUGCUGUAUAUGUCUGCCGGAAUGGUGUCGGAAGGGUACAUCUGCUCGACAGCAACAUUCAAGGAGCACUCCUUUUAGAGCUCUACAGUCGUGAUGGCAUCGGUAACAUGGUAUCAAGUGAUUCCUAUGAGGGUGCGCGUGAAGCAACGUCAGCUGACCUACAGAGUGUCCUGGAGCUGCUGAAACCUUUUGUAGAAGACGGCAUAUUGGUUGAUCGCCCAUGGAAUGUGCUGAAACAGGAGAUAGAGAACUACAUAGUGGUGGAGAGAGACGGCUCAAUCAUAGCAUGCUGUGCACUUUUCCCCUAUGAGAACGAAAAAUGCGGUGAACUGGCAGCUUUUGCGGUUUCACCUGAGUGCCGAGGUUCAGGGCUCGGGAGCUCUUUGUUGGAAUACGUCGAGAAACGAGCAGCUGAACUGAGGCUAGAAAGAAUUUUCGUUCUGACAACCCGCACUUCGGACUGGUUUGUCCAGCGAGGCUUCACCGAGUGUACAGUCGAUAUCCUACCCGAAACUCGCCGACAAAGAAUAGAUUUUGCCAGGAGAUCAAAGUACUAUCAAAAGUACAUCAAGCAAGGGGCCACAAAUGGUGUUCUCACUUACAGAUAGUUGAGCGUCAUUGAAACCGGAUGUGUCCUCUACACGAGUAUGCAGCAUGUAACAUAUAGGGAGAUAGUAAAACGGAAAAGAUUGGCGCUUUUCAGUUUUGUAAAGUGAACAUACGCCUGAAAUAAAAGACGAUGGACUUUAUCGGUCGUGGAAGCAAGGGUGAGGUCCACUUCUUAUUUCGUCAUAGUUAAUACAAGAGGAUUCCGUAAAUCACCUUCAUUAAUAUGCAGGUACUCAAACCCAAAACCUGUGGCUUUGGGUUUGACUAUCUGCAUAGAAGUUAGCUUGCUCGCAGGAUAAGCUCGUUCAGAGAUGACAGUGUACACUGAAUUCAAAGCAUGUAGGAGAGACGCUGGGUUAGAUGCAAGAUCAAAGCUUAUGUUCGGAGUAGGUGACGGUUUACCUGUAUAUUAAGCACUGAUAGGUGAGUGUUCUUGUUGAACUCAAUGUGUACACCGGCUGUUAGUAAUAACAAAAUCCUU